AUGCGAGCAAGUUGUCGUCGCCUCUUUUCCGUCUCUGCAAUCACACUUCGUCCCAAGCGUUUGGACCUUCGUGUCGCUACCUUUACAACCAAGGCAAUGGCGCUCCAUCCAGCUCAAGAUGGCGCAAAGCUCAUCUUUGCCCCCGCCGGUACGCUAGCCGACCCGUCCGUCCCCGGUCAAGCUGCUCAGUUCCUCAAGGCCGAGACCCGUGGAGGUUUGCGACGCUCCGAUCUUGACCCCGAUAGUCCCAUCGCCCAAUUCCACACAUGGUUCACCGACGCUUCCCAGCCCGAAACCGGAGUUUCUCAUCCUGAAACCUGCACGCUCUCGACUGCUCAGUUGCCCUCUGGUCGCGUCUCGGCGCGCAUGGUGUACAUGAAGGAGCUGGACCCAAAGGGCUUCGUUAUCUACAGCAACUUUGGUACCAGUGGGAAGGCUCGGGAUUUGUUUGGAAGCGAGGAUGGAUCCAGCACUGGCAACCCAUGGGCUUCUCUCGUUUUCUGGUGGGAGCCGCUGGAGAGGCAGGUCCGGGUGGAGGGAAGAGCGGAACGCUUGACGACAGAGGAGAGCCAGGCCUACUUUGACACGAGAGUUCGCGGCAGUCGUCUUGGCGCCUGGUCAAGCAAACAAAGUGCUGUUCUUCAUUCCGACCCUGCGAACCCCGACGAUGACGGACGAACACAGCUGGACAAGUGGGUCAAGGAGUCGGAGCAGCGCUUUGAAGGCGAGGACAAGAUCCCCGUCCCGGGAUUCUGGGGAGGCUUAAGGAUUGUUCCUGAACGGGUCGAGUUCUGGCAAGGAAGGCAAAACCGGCUACACGAUCGGUUUGUGUACGACCGUGUUCAUCAAGAUGGAAGUGAAGACAAGUGGACUUUGGAGAGGCUGAGUCCAUAA